AUGCUUAUCCUUAUUGUUGGAAUAACGGGCAAUUUGGGCCAGCGACUUGCCAAAGCCGCUCUAAGUCGUGGUCAACAAGUUCGCGGUCUCGGCCGAGAUUCGACAAAGCUACCACCCGAUCUCCAUGCAUCUUUGGAAUCGUUUAUCCCGAGUCACUCCUACUACGAUAUUCCGGCCAUUGAGCGAGCCGUGGCGGGCGUGGAUGCCGUCGUGUGCGCCUACUCGACCAACCCCGUGCUAUAUCUCGACGGGGCCUUGCUCCUCCUGCGCGCGGCCGAGCGUGCGCAGGUCGGCAUCUUUGUGGCGCCGACCUGGACGAGCAACUGGACCAAUAUCCGAUACGGCGAUUUUGCCAUUUACGAUAGUCUGAUUGCCUUUUCCAAUCAUGCAGCGUUGACGAGCUCGAUUCGUCCUGUAUACAUCAUCAACGGGUCCUUUGCAGAGUAUCUUCUCGCCGAAGGCACGGGGAGUUUUGAGCAAGAGGGGGGAGUGGCUCGAGCAUAUUAUUGGGGCGAUAUGAACAAGAGGAAGAUCCCUUGGACGGCAAUGGAUGACGCGGCCGCUUGGACGAUUGAGAUUCUACUCAACGGCGAAGGCGUUCAAGAAGGGCGUGGAGGCGUGUUUCAGUUUCAGUCUGGGUACAACUCUCUAGAAGAACUGGUUGCCGUCUAUGAAGAAGAACUAGGGGUUGAAGUUCAACUGGUUUGCAGAGGAAACACUCAAGACCUGGAGCAGAGACUUGCUUCGCUGGAGAAGGAUGGGAGCAGGCAGCGCAUUUCAGACCAUACUUACUUGGCAUGGAGUCGACUUGGACUGAAAGGCUGCUGGGACUUGCAAAACCCACUUCGAUUCGACAAUGCGAAGCAACCGACAACGUUUGCAGAACAUGUCCGAAGCCGUCCCAAGAGAGUUUGA